GCGCCGCGAACUCUCCAGCUCCCGUCACUUAUCAAUCAGUAUGGAUGACCUCUAUGACGAGUUUGGCAACUUUAUCGGCGAAGCCGUCUCCGAUGAAGAGGCAUCCCAAGAUGGUGCGGCAGGCCAACAUUAUGUUUACGACGAAGAGUCCGAACCCGAGGAGCAAGCUCCUGCGGAUGAGUCUAUGGAAGUUGAUGAUGAAGGGCCCUCCAAUGCCGUGAUAUUGCACGAGGACAAACAGUACUACCCCACGGCGCAGCAGGUUUACGGGGAAGAAGUUGAGACUUUGGUGCAGGAGGAGGAUGCACAGCCGCUCACACAACCGAUAAUUGCGCCCGUGACGCAGAAGAAGUUCCAGGUGCAAGAAGCAGACCUCCCUCCUGUCCACUACUCGCGAGAGUUCAUGACCGAUCUCCUAAAUUUCCCCGAAGGCAUCCGAAAUAUUGCAGUAGCUGGGCAUUUACAUCAUGGCAAGACAGCGUUCGUGGAUAUGUUGGUCAUGCAGACACAUGAUCUGGAAGAGAGGCUGGAUAAGAGGGUAGGCAGGAGGAGGGACGAACAGUUAAGAUAUACCGACACACAUUUCCUGGAGCGAGAACGAGGGAUUUCCAUAAAGGCUGCGCCGAUCAGUCUGGUCAUGCAAGGCACGAAAGGGAAAUCGCACAUCCUCAAUGUCAUUGACACCCCUGGGCAUGUGAACUUUGUCGAUGAGGUUGCAUCGAGCUUGCGAUUAGUCGAUGGUGUGGUGCUCGUCGUUGACGUGGUGGAAGGUGUUCAGAUCAACACUGAGCAAGUCAUUAAGCACGCCGUUCUGGAGGAUAUACCCAUGGUUCUGGUCAUCAACAAAAUGGACCGCCUCAUCCUCGAGCUGAAGAUUCCACCGACAGAUGCAUACUUCAAACUAAAACAUGUUGUUGAAGAGGUUAAUACCGUCAUCGAGAACACCAUUCCGGGCCGUGGCGAAAAGCGGCGGCUGUCGCCUGAAAAGGGCAACGUGGCUUUUGCAUGCACGUCUAUGGACUGGGUGUUUACAUUACCGUCAUUUGCGAAGAUGUACGCCGAAACGUACCCAAAAGUCGACGCUACCGAGUUUUCAAGGAGGCUGUGGGGGGAUAUCUUCUUUAAUCCUCGAAGCCGAAAGUUCACCCGAAAAGGGAUCGAAGAGGGAUCGAAGAGGGCCUUUGUGAAUUUCGUACUGGAGCCCAUUUACAAGCUGUUCUCCCACACCAUCAGUGAAAGUCCCGAAGACCUAGCUCCGACUCUGCAGACGCUAGGUAUCUCACUGAAACCAUCACAGCUCAAAUCCGACGCAAAGGUGUUGCUGAAACUGGUGUGCGCUCAGUUUUUUGGCACUGCGAGUGGUUUUGUCGAUAUGGUGGUGCAACACGUACCUUCGCCUGUUGACGGCGCGAGAAGAAUGCUUGACAAUUAUUACACAGGUUCUCUUGACUCAAAGGUCGGUGAAGCAAUGUCAAGAUGCGACUCAGAUGGGCCCCUGGUAGUUGAGAUCACCAAGCUUUUCAGCUCCGCAGAUGCCAAAACAUUCAAUGCAUUUGGUCGCAUCAUGUCUGGAACGGCAUCACCAGACCAGGUCGUUCGGGUGCUUGGAGAAGCAUACAGCCUCGAAGAUGAGGAAGAUUCGACGACAGCAACAAUCAUGGGCGUGCAAAUCGCCUGUUCGCGAUACAACAUUCCCGUCUCCGGCGUGCCUGCUGGAAAUCUCGUGCUCCUGUCCGGAAUCGACAACUCUAUCGUCAAGACAGCCACAGUAGUUUCUGAGAAGUAUCCCGAUAAUGAGGAUGCCUAUAUUUUCAAGCCGAUUCGCCAUUUCACGGAAUCCGUCUUUAAGGUCGCUGUUGAACCUGUCAACCCAUCAGAACUGCCCAAAAUGCUGGAAGGCCUGCGCAAGAUCAACAAGUCAUAUCCUCUUAUCACCACCAAAGUCGAAGAAUCGGGAGAGCACGUUGUCCUGGGAACAGGCGAACUAUACAUGGACUGUGUUUUGCAUGACCUGCGGACGCUAUAUGCCGAGAUGGAUAUCAAGGUCUCGGAUCCCGUCACGCGAUUCUGCGAAACUGUGACCGAAACAAGCGCUAUUAUGUGCUAUGCGUUGACUCCAAACAAGAAAAACAAAUUAACCAUGAUCGCCGAACCUCUAGAUGAUGGAAUCGCCGAGGAUAUCGAGGCUGGCAUUGUCAAAAUUCGAGAUCCGAUCAGGAAGGUUGCCAAGUUCUUCGAAGAGAAAUACGAAUGGGACAAACUGGCUGCUCGAUCAAUAUGGGCAUUUGGCCCAGAUGAGAUGGGGCCCAAUAUUCUAUGCGACGAUACAUUGCCUUCUACCACAGAUAAGAAGUUGCUUAAGUCUGUGCAAGAGAGUAUCAAGCAAGGCUUUUCAUGGGGCACACGUGAAGGACCUCUGUGCGAGGAACCCAUACGCAACACCAAAUUCCGAGUUACCGGCGCCGAGCUGGCGACGGAAGCGAUCUUCCGAGGAGGUGGGCAAAUCAUACCAACUGCACGACGAGCAGUGUACAGUUCCUUUCUGAUGGCCAGCCCUCGACUCAUGGAACCAAUCUACAGUGUGCAUAUGACUGGUCCGGCGGACUCUAUAUCUGGCCUCUAUACAGUCCUGAUGAAGAGGCGUGGGCAUGUCGUUUCUGAUGGACCUGUGGCAGGGACGCCACUGUACGCAGCCAAAGCUCUUCUCCCAGUGAUUGACAGUUUUGGCUUUGAGACGGAUCUACGGAUUCACAGUCAGGGAGCAGCCAGUGUGUCACUGGUCUUUGACCGCUGGGAUGUCGUUCCCGGAGAUCCACUGGAUAAGAGUAUACGCAUAAGACCGCUGGAAAUGGCUGGGCCUCAGCAGGCGGCGAGAGACUUCGUGCUCAAGACGAGACGGAGGAAAGGGUUGAGCGAAGAUGUGGACGUCAAGAGGUUCCUGGAACCAGAGUUGCUUGCCGGAUUAAGAGAAAGUGGUGUUCUGGAUUGAUCAAAGAUAAUGGCUGGUGGGUGGUAAUCUGCUAUGGUAGAGGUUAUCAGAUAUCAGGCAAGGAAUGGCUGAUGAAAGGGACGCUAUUGGAGCCACUUGAGAUAUGAUACCCAAUGAAGCUGGAAGCGUACGUUCAUGUAGAAGAGAACCAUACUCUUUCUCUUCAUUCCUCCUCCAGUGUACCAGUUGAGAUCUUGGUCUGUAAGCCAACCCACGCCUCGUCUCGAACCUGAUACAGGCCAAUUGCUGCCUGGCCCUUCCUGUAUCCCCCAAAGGUGUUUUCAUUGAGCACGAAGUGCCCACAGGAUGUCCGAUAGCCGCCCUUGGGAGCACGAG